ACGGGACCUGAGGGGACGGGACCUGAGGGGACGGGACGGGGCGUGAAGCCUGGGUGGUGUUAGCCCGCGGGUCCGGUGUACCGCUCCUCCCUUCCCCUCCGUCCCUUCCCCGGGGGUACCUUUUGGCUUGUUACAAAGACCAGCUAUGGAGAAGUGGAGCUUAAUGACAAUUACUGUUUUACUAGCACUUACUGUACGCUGGACUGUAUCGCUUGGUUCUUAUUCAGGUGCAGGAAAACCACCGAUGUAUGGAGACUAUGAAGCUCAGAGACACUGGCAAGAAGUUACUUACAAUUUACCCAUCAGGCAGUGGUACUUCAAUACAAGUGAUAACAAUCUACUGUACUGGGGCCUUGAUUAUCCACCUCUUACUGCCUAUCACAGUUUUGUGUGUGCUUACAUUGCAAAGUUAAUAAAUCCUGAUUGGAUUGCUCUGCACACAUCUCGGGGGUAUGAGAGUCAGCCGCAUAAGUUAUUUAUGCGUACAACAGUGUUUGUUGCUGAUUUGCUGGUCUAUAUUCCUGCAGUUAUUUUAUAUUGUUUUUCCUUGAAAGAAACAUCUACUAAAAAGAAGGUUUCCAGUGCUCUCUGCAUACUGCUUUAUCCAGGCCUCAUUCUUAUUGACCAUGGACACUUCCAAUACAACUCAGUGAGCCUUGGCUUUGCCUUGUGGGGUGUACUUUAUUUGUCUUAUGACUGGGACCUUUUGGGGUCAGUGGCAUUUUGCUUGGCCUUAAAUUAUAAGCAGAUGGAACUCUACCAUUCUCUGCCCUUUUUUUGCUAUUUACUUGGAAAGUGCUUCAAGAAGGGACUGAAAGGAAAGGGAUUAGUAUUGUUGACUAAAAUAGCAGGGACAGUGGUGGUUUCCUUUGCUGUCUGCUGGCUCCCGUUCUGUACCGACAUGGAACAAAUCAUGCAAGUACUCAGAAGACUCUUUCCCAUUGACCGAGGCUUGUUUGAGGAUAAAGUAGCCAAUAUUUGGUGCAGUCUAAGUGUCCUUCUAAAGAUAAAGAAUAUAGUAUCACCUCAAACUCAGCUAAAACUCAGUUUUGCUGUAACAUUCCUGAGCCUGCUUCCUACUUGUAUAAAACUAACUGUCCAGCCUUCUCUCCGAGGAUUUAAAUUUGCUUUGGUUAGUUGUGCAUUGUCAUUUUUCCUGUUCUCCUUUCAAGUACAUGAAAAAUCUAUUCUUCUAGUGUCAGUCCCAGUCUGCUUAAUCAUAAAUGAAAUCCCUUUUAUGGCUACCUGGUUUUUACUUGUAUCAACUUUCAGUAUGUUGCCUCUUCUACUGAAAGAUGGCCUGCUGCUGGCCUACACUGUGACAAUGCUGGCAUUCCUGUCAGUCUGCGUGGCCUCCUUUUCCAUAUUUGAGAAGACUUCGGCAGAGGACCUGCAGCUGAAGCCAUUCUCCCUUUCCCUGAAGGGAUAUGUUUCUUGGUUUAAGUCAUUUCCCAAGAUUGUCAGGAGUCUGUUUCUUCUUUCCGUAACCCUGAUGGGCAUCCUGUCUCUAAUGAGUGCUGCAGUGCAUCCUCCACAGAGGUUACCCGAUUUAUUCCCUGUAUCUGUGUCUGUUAUUUCUUGCUUACACUUUUUAUUAUUUUUGGUGUAUUUUAAUGUUGUUAUACUGUGGGACUCAAAGAAUAGUAGAAGUCAGAAGAAAAGCAGUUAAUCAACCUGUGAAGAUCAAGGACUAAACUGUGAAAGGACAGAGCAUUUUCAGUGAAUGGUGUCUGGCGUUGCAGGUAAACCUGUUUGUGAUGUAAUACAAUUCCUGUAAACUAAUGAAAAUCAGGAAACACAUUAUGCAUAUUUAAACACAAAAUAAUCAAAGACUGUUUUAAAGCAGAAGUAUUUUGAAGAGCACUUGGAAAUGUGAUUUGGUGUGUUUUCUUCAGACGUGUAAUACUUUUGUUACCAUUUGUAAAAUUAGAAUACAUAAUAAAGGACCAAAUUUUGAAUUAAUGCUAAAA